AUGACUGACUACGGAGUCAAAAAGACAUUUACCUUUGCAAGUCUAUCUUUAGCCAUUCCUAUAAGAACGAUCUAUUUGAUCGUGAUGGUGGUGUUUAGUUCUUAUUCUAUCCAUUUUUCAAAACGAGUCAAUAGAAUAGUGAAGCUAUGUAGCCCGAAAAUUAUUCAACCUACCAAUACAAUGAUGUUAGAGAACAAAACGAAGGCACAACAUCACAAAGAACAACCAUCAUUUGUGUCUAAUCUAGAGAUCAAUAAUCUUUCUCUAUUUAAACUUUAA